AUGGGGAAAACAAGAUAUGAUGGAAUUUGUAACUCCACUGAUGAGAAUGAUUUGUCAGACAACACACCACCUAAAUGUUUAUCACCAGAACCAUACAUGUUAAAGGGGAACCAGUGCAGAAACUUGACCUGUUAUCCAGGGAAGUAUCUAAGUAAUGGAACAUGCCAAGCACUCUUCACAGUUACACAAAACUUGGGAUAUUUUCUGACAUCAAACUUCCAAGGAAACGUGUCUUCUUUGUUACCUGUUAAGGAUCUAUUGAGCAUCAUAUCGGCAGAAAUCAAACAAACAAUACUGUCUAAGCUCCAGAUAGAAUCAGAUUCGAUUGAAUAUUUGUUUGUUCAAAUAGACCAACCUUGCCUUAACAAGAAUCAAUCUUUAUUGUCACACUCCUUUUCGGGAAGUAUUGCGGUGGGUAUAUUUAUUAAUCAGGCUGUAUAUAGAGUUGAUAUUGAAAAUCACUUAAUUGAUUUAACAACCAAAAUGGAAAUAUUAAGUAACAAAACGCUCAAUGUUCGUUUAUUUUUCUUUAUGCGGAUAGAACACUCAUAUAUAAAUCCAUAUAAAAUGUUUCUCGCCAACUAUUUCUCAACAUGUAGUCUACCAGAAAUUGUAAAAUAUAAAAAAGUAUUGAAUAGACAUAAAUAUAGAACCGCUAGAAUAUCAAAAUUAUUAACAUGCAUUCAGGUUCCACUAGCGUUGAACGAAUAUAGUUUUAAUAACCAAUUGGGAAAAGUUAAGAUAUCUGGUAUAAAUACACUCUAUGAUUAUGACUUGUUUGAUCAUCUUCCCGAUGGGUCAGCAAGGAUUUGUGCUGCCGACUUCAACGUUGGAACCAAGCCAGUGGCACGAAACCAAGAUUCAAAGAACCUUCUUUCAAAAUUAACGAUUAUCCUGAAUUGCAUUUCUAUCAUAUGUUUGAUGAUAACAUUUCUUAUUUAUGUGUCGAAGAAAAAAUUGAGAACAAUGCCAGGGAAAAUGAACAUGAUUCUGAUAUUCUCGCUGUUUCUUACACUGGUUGUUUUUCAAUUAAGUAAAUAUGGAUCAACAGAAAAAUGGGCAUGUAUUGGAUUUGGAAUAGCUAUACAUUAUUUUUGGUUAGUGUCGUUUUCAUCAAUGACGGCGAGCUCAUUUCAUAUGUUUCGUAUAUUCCGGUUUUCACAGAUAUGUAACACCAAUCACUCUAACGGUCUUCUGAAAAUAUACAUAGUUUCUGUCUCUAUUUUCCCGUGUGUUGUGGUAGUUCUGAAUAUCGUAAUAUCCUGGAUCUUAUCUGGCAAAGAGGAUAUUGGUUAUGGAAAUAAAAUUUGCUUCAUAGAUAAUAAAUUUUUGAGAUUAGCAACAUUUACAAUACCUGUCGGUUUAAUGUGCUUGUUAAAUUUAUUAUUUUUUGUGAUAACCAUUAUAUCUAUCAGAAAAGUCCCUAAUGUUCCAGAAAACAAAUCUAUAAGAAGCGAAUUUAGAAUUUUCUGUCGCUUAUUCACAAUAACUGGUAUACCAUGGGUACUUCAGAUUAUCGAUGGUUAUCUUCCCUUUUCGACCUUUUCGUAUGUGACGACCGUCAUAAACAGUCUUCAAGGGACAGCGAUAUUCGCAGCUUUUGUCUUAAACAAACGAGUUAUAAGAAUUCUGUGGAAAAGUUGUAAGUUAUCAAGAAAUGGAAACAGUGAUACGGCCGUGGAAACAAAUACAGAUGAUACAAAACUAUAGUUUUCUUUCCUUAUAUUUGUUUUAUUAUGAUAAAUUUUAAUGCCUGAUUAUUUGUUUUUAUUGAAAAAACAGUUUUAAAGUUGCUUUAAUUUUUAUAUUUGAAUUCAUUACAUGUACUUGAAGAAUACAGGUGUGAAAAUUUAAAUAGAUAGAAAAAGGGAUCACAUAUAUGUAAGGAAUUCAAGUAAUCUCUACCAUGACUGUUAACUUAUACAAUUAAGAAUUAUCUAAAUAAUUUUUUAUUCUUUCCUCAAUUGCUGAAACAUAAUUUAGAUAUCUUUCUUCUGAAUACUUGUUGUUGUUGUUGAUUCAACAAAAAGGUUGAAAUUGUACGAUACAUUCUGUGGCUGUAUACAUGGAUCAUUCAUGAGACAACUAUUAUAUAAUUGCAUUGUAUAUUUGUACACAUUAAACUGUAAGUUGAUUAAAAUCUCAUGUAUUAUAUACUUGCUUACUAUAAAA